CGUAUAAGCAGAAUCCCUGGCUAUGUCUUUUUUUCUUUGAAGCAUACAAAUUUGAGAAAAAUUACGAAAUUGAGAAACAUCAAGCUCAAAAAUGGUUGCGCCGUCAUUGUAAUAGACAAUCCAUUCCUCGAGACCCUUCCGGAAUUUGAAUGGCAAAGGAAUGAAACAGUCUUUUUCUUUAUCUCCGACAAUCCAAUGCUCAAUACUACUGCAUUAAGAAGCAGACUUAGGAAGCUCUAUCUCACCAAUGUUUUUGUUCAAAGACCAUUCGCAUGUGGGCCACUUCGGAAGAGUUCGAGAAAUUGCAGCAUCAUAGAAGACAAUGUUAUCAUUGGAGAAAAGAAAAAUGAAAAUUUGGAAAAAGUAGAAGAGAUAUAUGGUUACCUAAGCGUGAACUAUCGGUCGGACACUCCUACAAUUCUCAUAAAAGACAAUCUGCGGCUAAAAAACAUUGAUUCUUUACUCGAAUUGACGGAAGCAUCAAAUGUCAAUCCGUUGAACACUGUUUUGAUCAAAGAUAAUCCAGAAUUGUGUGUAAUUAGGGAAAACCAAAAUAGGCCCUUCAUUCAAAAAUAUGCAAACCUUACUAAAUGUCCGUUUAAAUAA